UCUAAAUUACCACGAAUGCCGAUACGUGUUGUUGCGACGUAUUAAUAAAGUUUCUCUGAAAGUUGUGUUAAUUUUGGAAUAAGCAAUCUAAUAUAACCGAAUCAACAAUGGAGUCAGAAGUAGUGAAGGAAAAAAUACACACAGAACCAAUGCUGAACGACCCAAAAUACAUAACCUUACUUAGCUUGAUUGUGCUUAUUUUUACACUUGUAUUCUGGUGGUUAUUCUCCCGCCGCCGCCACCAGAGGCGCUCAGUGCUGCUCACAGGGCUCUCGGACUCCGGCAAGACCCUGCUUUUUGUCCGACUGGCCUACUCGCAGUACCGUCAGACCUUUACAUCUAUGAAGGAGAACGUGGAAGACUAUGCUGUUGGUAAUAAAACCUUAAAGCUAGUCGACUUGCCUGGGCAAGAGAGGCUGCGGAACAAGUUCUUCGACCAGUACAAGAGCAGCGCCAAAGGCAUUGUCUAUGUCAUAGACUCGGAGACAGUGCAGAAGGAAAUCAGAGAUGUUGCCGAGUAUUUGUACACCAUCCUCUCCGACCCCACAGUGCAGAGCAACUCGCCUCCAGUGCUCAUUCUGUGCAAUAAGCAGGACUUGCCUCUGGCCAAAGGCAGUCAGGUUAUAAAGGGCUUGUUGGAGAAGGAACUCAACCUAGUCCGGGUGACCAAAUCCAACCAGCUGCAGUCCGUAGACCCGUCCGCGCCGAACAGCGCCUACCUCGGCAAGCCGGGGAAACCGUUCGAGUUCUCACAACUUAGCAGCAAAGUCGAAGUGGUGGAGGGCUCAGCCAACGCGGACGACGACGAUGCGCCGACGCAGAUGAUCGCGCUGCAAGAAUGGAUCUCCAAACUUUAGGAUACACCUAUUUUUAUACGGACUGUGUAAUAAACAGACAUCGUAAAUUUUAUAGCAUUUUCAGUGCAGCGGAGUGGUGUUAACGGAAUUGGUAUAAACAAUUUCAACCCUAAUGAUUAAUUAGCGUUAAUUACGUUAAUAUUAACCUUAAUUUACCAUUUCAGUUGGAAUUAUCUAUACCAAUACCGUUAACACCACUCCGCUGCACCGAAAAUGCUAUAAAAUUUACUAAUUAAUGAUAAUAUCCUGAGCAACACCGCGUAACGAUCUCUAAAAAUAUUGUAGGUAAAAAACUUAAGUGAAGCCCCUCUUGCAUUCAUUGAAACGACCGAUCUGGCCUAGUGGGUAGUGACCCUGCCUGUGAAGCCGAUGGUCCUGGGUUUCGAAUCCCGGUAAGGGCAUUUAUUUGUGUGAUGAACACAAUAUUUGUUCCUGAGUCAUGGGUGAUUAGUACAAAAAAUAUCAUUCAGCUUCAUUAGCAUUUUAAUGUCUAUUAAUUUUCGCAUUUUAUAUUUAAGCCUCAUGAAAAAUAAACUAAACGGAAAAAAAUAAUCAAACUUCUUAGCAUUAGUUUGCCAACCUUACGUGAAAUUACAUGUUUUAAUAUGAAAUACUUACUCACACUUAAACUGCAAGAGGGAAUGAGGUAAAAGUUUUUUAUCUAUAACGAUAUUAUUUUAUGUAUAUUGCUCGGGAUGGCAUACAGUUAUGAUUUUGUUAUUUGAAUGUAGAGGGCAGCACAGGAGCCCUUGUCUAAGUGUCAAAGUCAGGUUUAAGUCUCAGAUUUAGGCCACUAGAUGGCGAACUCGAACGGCGCGGUCCCUAUAUUAAAAGCGCUAAGACAACAAUGAAUGGUUACCAAAAGUAUUUUUGUACUUAGAUGGUUUUAUGUGAAAUAUUGUUGAGUACUGGUUGAAUGUAAUGUUGUCUGCUAUUAAUGCAUUUAUUCGGAACAUAUUGUCGAGCAAAAUUUUAAAUAAAGCUUGCUUAAUUA